AUGCAGAUGGAAGCAGGAGGUUGAGCCAACGGAGGAGGGGUUGCAGGGAGAAGGAGGAGAGACGUGGUGGGGGGGAGAUAGCGGUGGGGGGGGAGAGGAAGUACAGCUCGUGCGACCAGCCCCCUCUUCCAACGUCACAUUGUGCGAGAGACAAAACCCGGGCGCGCCGGAGCUCACACGCGCACGCACGGCAGACGACCCGGUCGCCUCCUCUCUGUCCCCGGCGCUGCUUUGCUUGGCUGGGGCCGUGGGUCUCAGCCGGCUCCAAGCUCAGUCCAGAGCUAAGCCAGGUGAAGCCAGCUGGGGGACCACCCUUCUUUCUCUGCCGAGCCAGAGACGUCCCAUCCCAUCCCCCGCCCUGAACUCCAAUCUCUCCCCACCCCACCCCGUGGGGGUUUCACGCGGACAGCGCCCCGGAGCCCAGGGUGUGCCUUCCGGUUUGGAAUCCGCGUUUCAGCACUUCGGACAGCGCCCCGGGCUUGGUGGGCUUCAACGAUGGCGAGCGUGCAGCAGGGUGAGAAGCAGCUGUUUGAGAAGUUCUGGCGAGGGACCUUCAAAGCGGUGGCCACUCCGCGUCCCGAGAGCAUCAUCGUUGCUAGCAUUACAGCCCGCAAGCCGCUGCCAAGGACAGAGCCCCAGAGCAGCCCACUGCUCCCUGCCCAGGAUGGAGCUUCAGAAAAGCUGAGUCAGCGUCUGACCACUGAGGCCUUUGGCACCAGUAGCUGGGGAAGAGAGAAGGCAUGCCAGGAGCUGGGUCCGGCCAGAGCACACAGUGCCUCUCGAGACAGAGACCUGACACCACCACCUUCUUCCAGGGGGAAAAAGAAAAAGAAGAAAUCCACCAGGAAGAAACGAAGGAGGUCCCCAUCCUAUAGCCCAUCACCUGUCAAGAAAAAGAAGAAGAAAAGUUCCAAGAAACAUAAGCGACACAGGUCAUUCUCCAAGAAGAGGAGACACAGCUCCUCUAGCCCCAAAAGCAAAAGACGGGAAGAGAAGAGGCACAAAAAACAAUCUCGAAGCCGGCCCCGAAAGUCUCACCGUCACAGACACCAUCGAUGCCCCUCACGAUCCCAGAGCUCAGAAUUGCGCUCCUCCAGCUGUGACAGCAGGCACCGAGGCCGGUCUCCUGAGGAAGGGCGGAAAUCCCGCCGAACGCACUCCCGCCGCUGCUCCAAGAACCUGUGCAAGGUCAGCCCUGAGGCCCGGUCCCACCACCCACCCAGCCAGCCCCUCCAGAUGCUCAGCUUCCUGUCAGCCAGGGGUGUAAUCACUGGGUCUGGGUCUGCCGCUGACCUCUUUAGCAAAACAGCCAGCCCGCUCACCACCACCUCGCGAGGGCGCUCCCAGGAGUACGACUCAGGCAAUGACACGUCCUCACCGCCCUCCACACAAACCAUCUCAGCCAGGUCUCGGGGCCAGGAGAAGGGCAGCCCUGGUGGGGGUCUGAGCAAGAGCCGGGACCUCAACAGCGGCAACACCUCCGAUUCAGGGAACUCCUUCACCACCUCCUCACCCCAGAACAAGGGAGUCGCUUUGGAGAAUGUCUCUCCCACCAGCAGGAACAGGAAGUCAAGAAGAUUUCAAUCGCCAUGUCUGGAAUGUGCUGAGGUGAAGAAGUCUAGUUGGGUCCCAUCCACAGCCCAGAGCUCCCCAAUGAAAGAGUGCUCCAGGAGCUCCUCCUACACCAGCACUCGAUCCUCCAGUCACUCUUCCCACUCCCCAAACCCUAGGGCCUCCCCCAGGUACACCCGAAGCCGGUCCACCUCCUCUGAAAAAAGGUCCUACUCCCGCUCUCCCAGCUAUUCUUCCAAGUCUGGCAAAAGGAGCCCGCCUAGCAGAAGCUCUCGAUCCCGUCGCAGUCCUAGCUACUCUCGCUACAGCCCCAGCAGGGAGCGGGACCCCAAGUACAAUGAGAAGGAAUCACAGCCUCGGGAGCGGGAGCGAACACGCGGGAGGCGUAGGUCCUACUCUCCCAUGAGGAAGCGCAGGAGAGACUCCCCGAGCCACCUGGAGGCCAGGAGGAUAACAAGUGCCCGGAAACGCCCCAUCCCCUACUACAGACCCAGCCCCUCCUCAUCCAGCAGCCUCAGCAGCACCUCUUCCUGGCACAGCAGCAGCAGCAGCCGCUCUGCCAGCCGUAGCUACUCCCGGGGCCUGAGUCCCAGCAGGAGCCGGAGCCGGAGCAGAAGCCGGACCCGCAGUAGCAGCAGCUCCAGCUCCCGCAGCCCCAGCCUGGGCUCUCGGAGCCGCAGUGGGAGUCGGAGUCGGAGCUACAGCUCAACAGAAAGCUAUGCCAGCACAAGGCGCUAGACAAAGGCCUUCCUUUGAGCCACUGCCCACCACGAGGACCCUCUGUACUCGGUCAACCUUCCUUACUACUGACCCUCCCCAUUUUCUCCCUGGAGACAGACUUGAAGGGUUCCUGGCCCCUGUUCUUUUCACUUUCUUGGGGAGGAGUUGCUAGGAGCCUCUACCAGCACUAUCCUGGGGCGGAUGGAGAGCCACCUUCUCUUCAGCAGAAGACACCUCAAGGUUUGGUGAAAAGCAAUGCUCCACGUCUCAAAAGUUUGAGCCUGGCUAAGACAUCUGGAGACAGCUCUGCUCUGCUCACCACCUGUUCACAGGAUGUGAACUGAAAGCCAAGGUUAAUUCAUGCCACUUACCCUCAUUCUCCGUUCAAUUUC